ACAAGUUUACAGACUUCUGUUUCAGAGCCGUGGAGGAAGGAGCAGUUUGAGCGGAGAGAACCUAGAAGCACCUGCAGGCACGUUUGCCUCUGAAGGCAGAACUUUUUUUCCAAAAAAGAAAAGAAAAACAUCAUCUUAUGAGAUCGGUCAGUACAUCUACCUCUUUGACUUUUGGCGUUAUUUUGUGAACUUUUUAUGUGCCUGUGAGUGAACACUAAAAGCCGCCUGAAUGUAUAACAUGAUGGAAACCGAGCUCAAGACCCCGCUCCCGCAGUCCAACUCGGGCUCGGCGCCGGGCGCAAAGAACAACAGUGCCAGCGACCAGGAGCGGGUAAAGCGGCCGAUGAACGCCUUCAUGGUCUGGUCUCGGGGUCAGCGGAGAAAGAUGGCUCAAGAAAACCCUAAAAUGCACAACUCUGAAAUCAGCAAGCGCCUCGGUGCUGACUGGAAACUUCUGACCGACAGUGAAAAGAGGCCAUUCAUCGACGAGGCCAAGCGUUUACGGGCUAUGCACAUGAAGGAGCACCCGGAUUAUAAAUACCGUCCCCGCAGGAAGACCAAGACCUUGCUGAAGAAAGACAAGUAUUCUUUGCCCGGGGGACUGUUGGCGCCAGGAACCAACCCCGUCAACAACGCUGUGUCGGUGGGGCAGCGAAUGGACGGAUACGCGCACAUGAACGGGUGGACAAACAGCGCGUACUCCCUCAUGCCGGACCAGCUGCCCUACCCUCAGCAUCACAGCAUGAACAGCCCACAGAUUCAGCAGAUGCACCGGUACGAGAUGGCAGGCCUGCAGUACCCGAUGAUGUCUUCGGCGCAGACCUACAUGAACGCAGCUUCCACAUACAGCAUGUCUCCAGCGUACACGCAGCAGACCACCAGCGCCAUGGGACUGAGCUCCAUGGCGUCAGUGUGCAAGACCGAGCCGAGCUCACCACCGCCGGCCAUCACGUCCCACUCUCAGAGGGCGUGUUUGGGGGACCUGAGGGAUAUGAUAAGCAUGUACCUGCCUCCCGGCGGGGAUAGCGCAGAGCAUUCAUCCCUGCAGAAGAUGGAGAUUCUGGACUUGGUGGUGCAGGAGGUGGCAAACGACUCCAGUGACAGCCCAGUGGGGGAUGGUGAUGGUGCUGGACUUUACACCUUUUGGAAAUUCUUAGUAGAUUCAGGUCUACAGGGAGAGAAGAGGAAAAUAGUAGAAACAAGGUGGAGGAUGAGAGAUAAAGAGGCAGAAAGAUAA